AAUAAUUUCUUAAAAAAUGAUAUAUUUCCAUUCAAAAUUACUGUAUAAAUUCAAAAAUUUGUUAUGAAAUAUGAAAUAAUCGAGCUUCUUAGUUGCCUCUUGAAUUCUAUGCAAUAUAAAAAAACCUGAGAAAGAUGUCCCCAAUAGACCAAAUCAAUAAUAACAAAAAGCUAAUAUUGCGUAAUAUUUAAGGUUUUACUAUUUGUGUCAUCAAUAACGGAUAAGGGAGUAAUCACAGAUAAUCCUACCGCUUUAAGAACCACCUGAAUCACAUAACAAUCCAGAAAUCAUGUUUAAGAUUACUCGCUACUUACUACCUCAUAUAAGACAUGUCUCAACUUCUAGCAGCAAAUCAAGUUCAUUCCACAAUAUUCCAAACUUGGUUUUUGGCAAGUACCUCUUGCACACUAACAUUAUCAGUUCCGGUGUGCUCAUGUGGCUUGGUGAUCUUUGCCAACAAGAAAUUGAAUAUAGACAGGGACGAAUCGAGAAAAGAUAUGACUAUGGAAGAAUGACUCGAAUGUUUAUUGUGGGGAUUGUCCUAGGCCCAAUUCACCACUACUACUACCUGUAUAUAGCAAAAAUUAUGCCAAAAAGAAACUUGUCGACAGUAUUAACUAAAAUUGGGCUGGACCAGUUUGUGAUGUCACCAAUUUGUAUAGUGACAUUUUUUUAUGGUAUGGGUGCUCUGGAAAUGAAGCCUAUCCAGAAAAUUAAUACAGAAAUUAUAAGUAAAUUCUUGAAUGUAUAUGUGAUGGAUUGGUGUGUAUGGGUUCCCACCCAAUUUGUGAAUUUCUACUUUGUACCUGUGAAAUAUCAAGUGUUUUAUAUUAAUGCUGUCACAAUGUUUUAUAAUGUGUUUUUGUCAUUUAUCAAGCAUAAGGACAUGGAAAAGGUGCAAGCUUUAGAAGAUACUGAUCCAGUCAUGGUUAAUAAGAAAUUGUCUUAGAUUUAGUUGUUUUGCUGUGAUUUUGUUAAAAAAAUAAUUUUAAUAAACCUGCUACUUACCUGGA